AAUAUGAAACCGAAAACACUUGGAAUCGUCGGUGGGUCGAUGCUUAGCUUUGGAAUUCUGAUUUGUAGUAUAAUAUUUCCUGCAUUUCUGAAAUCCCAAAUCAAAAAGCAAGUAGCGUUAAAGCCCGGCUCCGAGAUGCGUGAAAUGUGGACCUCUUUCCCUCUUCCUCUGGAUUUCAAAAUUUAUAUGUUCAACGUCACGAACCCUACCGAAAUACUGGGAGGAGCAAAGCCAAUUGUCGAAGAAGUAGGUCCAUUCUUUUACGACGAAUACAAGCACAAGGUGAAUUUGGAAGAUCGAGAAGAGGAUGAUAGUGUUUCGUACAAUUUUAAAACGACCUGGUACUGGAACCCUUCGAAAAGCAACGGUUUAACCGGUGAAGAAGAGUUAGUGGUGCCUCAUCUUUUUAUAAUAAGCAUGAUCAAACUUACGCUGAUGGAGCAACCGAGCGCCAUUGGAAUCGUUAAUAAAGCCAUAGACAGCAUUUUCAAGAAGCCAGGAACCGUAUUCGUAAGAGCCAAGGCGAAGGACAUACUCUUCAACGGUUUGCCCAUCGAUUGCACCGUGAAAGAUUUCGCAGGAGCCGCGACCUGUAACGUUCUGUCACAAAAAGCUGAAGAAAGCGGCUUAAUAUCAGACGGCGAAGGACACUAUCUGUUCUCCAUAUUUGGCUCCAAAAAUGGCAGCGUGGUGCCUGAACGUUUGAGGGUGUUGCGAGGAAUGAAGAAUUGGAAGGAUGUUGGACGGGUUAUCGAGUAUGAUGAUAAACCAGCGUUGACGACCUGGCCUGAAGAACAUUGCAAUCAGUAUAAUGGCACGGACACCACCAUUUUUGCGCCCUUCCUCGAAGAAGGGGGUGACAUUGUGUCCUUCGCGCCGGAUCUCUGCAGGAGCUUGGGCGCUCAUUAUAGCCACAAGAGUGUGGUUAAAGGUGUACAUACGUAUCACUACACAGCAGAUUUAGGAGACAUGAGCAAGAACGAAGACGAGAAAUGUUUCUGCCCCACACCCGACACUUGUCUAACGAAGAAUUUAAUGGAUUUGUACAAGUGUAUAGGCGCUCCUCUCAUUGCUUCCCUACCACAUCUUUUUGGUUCAGAGAAGAAGUACCAUGAAAUGGUUGACGGACUCCAUCCAAACGAGGAGGCGCAUGGCAUUGGUAUGGAUUUUGAACCAACAACAGCCACCCCACUUCUCGCUGCCAAGAGACUGCAGUUCAACGUAUUCCUUCACCCUAUGGAAAAAGUAAAGCUUAUGAAAAACUUCCCAGAAUGCUUAUUCCCACUGUUCUGGGUCGAGGAAGGUAUUUUGCUUGACGAUGAGUAUGUGAAAAUUGUGAAGAAGCUGUUUAUGAUUAAAGGCAUUGUUGGAUUCCUGAAAUAUCUGACAAUAUUCGUCGGAACCUGUGCCAGCGGAGCAGCAGGCGCUCUGUACUUCAAGAACAAAGACAAAAACAAGCUGGACAUCACAAAAGUGACUCCUCAGUCUCAGAAGGAGAAUGACGACGAGAAGAAAUGGCCACCUCAAAUGAAUAUCAGCACGAUACAAAGUGCAACAGUUCCACCUAACCUAGACAAUUAA